GGGCGAUGCUGCGGCCCCGUACAGAAGAAAGGAAACUGAAUGACCUCUGGAGCUGCUGGAAUUCAGUUGCCUGUGGAUUAUGGGUACAACUGCCAGCACGGCUCAACAGACUGUCUCAGCAGCUACGUUUGAGAACGUUCACGGCAACGGGACCAUGGAUGACCGUCACUCUCUUAGCAUCCACUCCUUCCAGACCGUUGGUCUUCACAACAGCAAAGCGAAGUCCAUCAUCACCAACAAAGUGGCACCAGUAGUUAUUACUUACAACUGCAAAGAGGAAUUCCAGAUUCAUGAUGACCUACUCAAGUCCAACUACACAGUGGGGCGGAUUUCGGAAACCACUCCAGAACACUACCUUGUACAGGGGAAAUAUUUUAUGGUCAGAGAUGUAUACAGUAAGUUAGACGUAUUGAACACUACUAGUAGUUGUGGAGCUCCAAAUUUCCGACAGGCAAGAGGAGGGUAUGCAGUGUUUGGAAUGGGACAACCAAGCCUCGAUGGAUUCAAACAAGUGAUGCAGAAACUCCAGAAUGAUGGGCACAAGGAGUGCAUCUUCUUCUGUGUUCGUGAGGAGCCUGUGGUAUUUCUACGCGUGGAAAAUGAUUUUGUACCCUACACACCCAGAGGAAAGGAGAACUUGCAUGAAAAUCUGCAUGGUCUGCAGAGAGGAGUCAAAGUGGAAAACUUGGAGCUUGCAAUCCGGAAAGAGAUACAUGACUUUGCCCAGCUGAGUGAGAACACAUACUAUGUCUAUAAUGAUAUUGAACAUUUCAAAGAUGAGCCGCAUUCUGUGAGCAUCCAUUGUGAAGAGGACAUCCAUGUGACAGAAGAAGUAUACAAGAGGCCCAUUUUUCUGCUGCCAUCUUACAGGUACUGUCGUCUGCCUCUGCCUGUGGAUGGGGCGCCUCUUGAAGCACAGUUUGAUGUUUUCAUCAAUUUCCUCAGGGAGAGUCCAAACCUGCUCCUGCUUCGGGACCCUGGCAAACCACCUCCUGCUUUACUUUUCAGCUGCCAAACUGGAGUGGGCAGGACCAAUUUAGCCAUGGUCUUAGGCACUCUUGUGCUUUAUCACCUCAAGGGGGUACCACAAAAGCCAGACCUUCCUCAUCCUGCUAGAACUUCACCAAGGGAUCGAUUUCAGGUUAUUCAAAACUUUAUUGACAUGGUACCAAAAGGCCAACAAAUAGUAGAGGAGGUGGACAGUGCCAUCACCUUCUGCUCUGAAAUGCAUGACAUGAGAGAAGCCAUCUAUGAAUAUAAGAAGAAAUUGGAAGGGAUUGGAGAAGAUUACCAGAUUCAGGGGAAUAGCACCAAAGAAUAUUUUCUUCAAAGGACUUUGCAGAGCCUUGAACGCUAUUUCUACUUGAUUGCCUUCAACUACUACCUUCAUGAGCAGUACCCCAUAGCCUUCGCCCUUGACUUCAGCAGAUGGAUGUGUAGGCACCCAGAAUUGUAUAGGCUGCAGGUGAACAUGAACCUGUCAGAGCUCACUGUGACAGGGGAGCUGAUAACAAAGGGGAUGCGAGUACUGGUGGUAGAUGAGCGCUUUUCCCCAGAUGUGCUCAGUACUGUGAAGGAGAUGAAUGUAGCCAACUUCCGGAGGGUUCCUAAAAUGUCUGUGUAUGGGACAGCACAGCCCAACUCCAAGGCCAUUGGGAAAGUCCUGAGCUACUUAACUGAUGCAAAGAGGAAGUAUUCCCACAUCUUGUGGAUAAACCUCCGUGAAGAAGUAGUGCUGGAAGGGAAUGAACAAACCUAUACCCUCAGGGAGCCUGGGAAUAUUGAACAGCAGAUUGCAGUCCCUGUAAGAAUGCCUGAACAACUAGAGAAACUAGAGUGCACCCUGAAGAAUGACAUGCUGAAGUCCCAGAAGUGGUUGGAGGUGUAUCUGGAGCAGGAAAAACAGAUGAAGAUGUUUAAGACUUGCCUGACCAUACAGGAGAUAUUUAAUCAACACAAAAGCACAUGCCAGGGACUGAUGUACAAACGGAUCCCAAUCCCAGACUUCUGUGCUCCCAAGGAGCAGGAUUUUGAUCAGCUGCUGGAUGCAAUGAAGAGUGCGUUGGCUGAAGAUUCCCACACGGCCUUUGUGUUCAACUGCCACAGUGGCAGAGGGAGAACCACCACAGCCAUGGUUAUUGCUGUCCUCACACUUUGGCACUUCAAUGGUAUUCCUGAGGUGAGCGAGGAAGAAAUUGUUAGUGUGCCUGAUGCAAAGUAUACCAAAGGGGAAUUUGAGGUUGUGAUGAAGGUGGUCCAGCUUUUGCCAGAGGGUCACAGAAUAAAGAAGGAGGUAGAUAUGGCACUGGAUACUGUGAGUGAGACCAUGACACCUAUGCAUUAUCACCUGAGAGAAAUCAUCGUGUGCACAUACAGGCAGGGGAAAACAGCUAAGGAAGAGAAAGAAAUGAGGACAUUGCAGCUGAGGAGCCUACAGUACUUGGAACGCUAUAUCUGUCUGAUCCUGUUCAAUGCAUACCUGCAUCUGGAGAAAAAGGAUUCUUGGCAGAGGCCGUUUAGUGUUUGGAUGCAUGAGGUGGCAGCCAGGGCUGGAGUCUACGAGAUCCUCAAUCAGUUGGGGUUCACUGAGUUUGAGGACCUAGAAGACAUGUCUCUCUCCAAGCUCCGUUACCGUUGGCAGGAACAGACCCUUAGUCUGCUUUCAUUCCGAGGAGAGUUCAUUUAGGACCCAAGACUGUGACACACCUUGGGAAUUUCUGUGUUUCUCCAGACUUGGCUGGUGCUUUUUAUAGGUGUGGGAGAGAGAAUUUGCCUUAAGGAAAGACUGUGUUUCCAGAAAGAAGGGGAGGGAGGAAGGGGAAUAUAAACUGCCUUUAAGAAAACAAAAAUUUAUAGGGUUCUUUUAGACGCAGUAAAAAAUAUUGUAAAUUAAAAAAAUAACAUUAGACAGGUGUUUAACUGCAAACAUUGUGUAACUGUAAAAAAAUCUCUGAAAUGUUUCAAACACGAUCUGCUGAAUUUAGUGAAUGUACUAACAGUGAGUGCCAAAUUCUUCAAGGCCUUCUUCACUUUCUCACUAGCCCUGUGCAGUAUGCAUUAUAUAGAUAUAUAGAGAGAGCGAGAGAGACGUAAAUGCAUUUGCAUGAUGAUUUAGGAUUCCUGAAGAGUCCUUAAGGCACUUGAGUGAGAUCUGGAGUUUUCUGUUUGUGCAUAUUUAUUACACUCUUUAAAAUUUUAUUUUAUUUUUGGAGGUUGAGAAAAAUAUAAACUAAUAAAUUUACACAACCCUGCUACUGUGUAGACCCCUAUUUCCAGUGCCAAGAUGCUUCUGCUGCAGUAUAGUUAAAUACAGCACUGAAGUUUGUUCAGGAAAAAAAACAGGCUCCAUACAUUUUAUGUCCAGAAAUAAAAGAUAAUGGGUGAAAUUUCAGCUCUAUUGAAAGCAGUGGGAGUUUUGCAAUUGACUUCAGUAGGGAAAUCACAAAAUACAUCUAAAACCAUUUAAAAAUCAAGGGAAAUGAAAUGAGAUGGAGUUGAAAAGACUGAAAAAUAAAGUGAAUCAAGUGUGUUCAAAUGGAAUAAAAUCCCAUUCCCACUAUCUAGAGCAAAGGGAGAGGCUGGCUGCAGAAGUUUUGGUGGGCAGGAAG